UUGGGGAAGGGUAAAUGCAGGGCAAGAUUUAAAAGGAGAUGACCCUAGCUAGUUGAUGCCACCAUUGACCUCCGAAGCCCAGGGCAAAGACACCCAAGGCGGGGGAACGGGAGGGAAGACCUGCCAGCGAGGCCGUGCGCUGACUUGCGAGGAGGCGCGCAGACAGGAGAGGGGAACCCCGGGGAGCGCCUGGCCGCCCGCCACCAUGUGCGAGCUGUACAGCAAGCAGGACACUCUGGCGUUGAGGAGGAAGCACAUCGGGCCGUCCUGCAAAAUCUUCUUUGCUGCGGACCCCAUCAAAAUAGUGCGAGCCCAGCGGCAGUACAUGUUUGACGAGAAAGGGGAACAGUACCUGGACUGCAUCAACAACGUCGCCCAUGUGGGACACUGUCACCCAGAAGUGGUCAAAGCUGCCAUGAAGCAGAUGGAACUGCUAAAUACCAAUUCUCGAUUCCUCCACGACAACAUUGUGGAGUACGCCAAGCGCCUCUGCGCGACCCUGCCGGAGAAGCUCUCCGUGUGCUAUUUCACCAACUCAGGAUCUGAAGCCAAUGACUUAGCCUUACGCCUGGCUCGGCAGUUCAGGGGCCACCAAGAUGUGAUCACUCUUGACCAUGCUUACCAUGGUCACCUAACAUCUUUAAUUGAGAUCAGUCCAUAUAAAUUUAGAAAGGGCAAAGAUGUCAAGAAAGAAUUUGUGCAUGUGGCACCAAUUCCAGAUACUUACCGAGGAAAAUAUAGAGAAGACCAUGCAGACCCAACCAGUGCUUAUGCAGAUGAAGUGAAAAAAAUCAUUGAAGAAGCUCAUAAGAAUGGAAGGAAGAUUGCUGCCUUUAUUGCUGAAUCCAUGCAGAGUUGUGGCGGACAAGUAAUCCCUCCAACAGGCUACUUCCAGAAAGUGGCAGAAUAUGUACGCGCAGCAGGGGGGGUGUUUAUAGCCGAUGAAGUUCAGGUGGGCUUUGGACGCGUUGGGAAGCAUUUCUGGAGUUUCCAAAUGCAUGGCGAGGACUUCGUCCCAGACAUCGUCACAAUGGGGAAGCCCAUGGGCAACGGCCACCCGGUGGCCUGCGUGGUCACAACCAAAGAAAUCGCGGAGGCCUUCUGCAGCUCGGGAAUGGAGUACUUCAACACGUAUGGAGGAAAUCCAGUAUCUUCUGCUGUUGCUUUGGCUGUCCUGGAUGUAAUUGAAAAUGAAGACCUUCAAGGAAAUGCCACAAGAGUAGGGGGUUAUCUUACUGAGUUACUGAAGAAACAGAAGGCUAAGCACACUUUGAUAGGGGAUGUCAGGGGUGUUGGCCUUUUUAUCGGAAUCGACUUAGUGAAGGACCAUCAGCGAAGGACCCCCGCCACAGCCGAAGCGCAGCACGUUAUCUACAAGAUGAAAGAAAAGCGAGUGCUUCUCAGCGCCGAUGGGCCGCAUAGAAACGUGCUUAAAAUAAAGCCACCGAUGUGCUUCUCUGAAGAAGAUGCCAAGUUUCUGGUGGACCAACUCGAUGGGAUUCUAACAGUUUUAGAAGAAGCCAUUGGAACCAACCCUGAGAGUGUGACGAUCUCUGAAAAUACACCAGGCAGAACAAAGAAGCCUAAGGAAGCCCACGUGGAAUUGCUCAGUGAAGGGGCCCCGGAGCAGAAAGAAAAUCCCAGCCAGAAGAGAAAUGGGUUGUGCGCAGAUAAGCAGUCACUGCUCAGCAAGAGGCUCAAGACAUGAAAGAUUUGUGUUUCAAAGCAAGAUAAACGUCCUGAAUUACAGAGAGCGAAUGGAAGUGUCUUCUUAACAGCUCUCUGUACUCUCAAAAAGUAAAAUUUGCAUUCCAUAUAGAUUGGUCAAUAAAAAAAGGUAAAUGAGUAGAAAGAAUAAACCAAAUGAUGACCAAACCAUGUCAAGAUUAUUAGGUCAGCCUCCGGCCUGUUGAUUCCUUACUUGAACCUCCUGAAUAUACUUAAUUUAUUCCACUAAAUUUAAGGUUUAAGUUGAAUGUUAUGUUGGCAGUUUUACUUCUGAUGUUUUAAUGUUUGAAAUGAGAGAGCAACGUACAAUAGGUUCCUUAACUUUGGAGACUUCGUGCCUUAAAAUAUGAAUUCUGUAAUGAUUCCUUUGGUAUAUAUUUAUGGACUAUAAUUAAAUAAAAGAUGAUGUAAACCAAACAUUUUUUACUAGCAAAGUGUUUAUUCUUCUUUUUGCAAAGAAUAUUAAGAGUUGGGGUGGUAAACUCAGUCAUUUGGGGGGGAA